AUGGCUGUCGAAACUUCUCUUCCAGCAUUACUGACUACUCUUACUCAAUCAUUGAGUUCUGCCAUUGAAUCAACACCAGAUAGUUCAGUCGUCAAUCCACCUGCAGAUGGCAUUUCACUACUGGAUGUAAAGAAUGAGCUUCUUUUAUCCUACCUUCAAAAUUUAGUUUUUAUCAUAAUUCUCAAGAUUAGAAAUCAGAAAGAAGAUGUAUCGGGCGAGGACGAAGAAGAAUUAGAUAACGCGGUGGUGAAAAAAUUGGUGGAAUUACGAGUAUACCUUGAGAAGGGUGUUCGGCCAUUGGAAGGUCGUCUGAAAUACCAAAUCGACAAAGUACUCCGAGCAUCUGACGAUGCGCUUCGAGCCCUUGCGCCUGCAUCAAAAAGCAUUCCGAAGAAAGAUGACGUGUCAAGUGAUGGCGAUGAUUCGAACUCUGAGGACGAUAUUGAUGCGGAUGGAAAUGGAGUACCUCUCGAAACCGCUGCGAUUGACGACCUCCAAUAUCGACCAAACCCUACAUCUCUACUCAGACCUGCCGUUGCCGCAGAAGAUGAAUCGAAGCAUUCCUCAGAUGGUGUUUACAAACCUCCUCGCAUCACUGCAACUGCUAUGCCUACCACCGAACGUCGCGAAAAGAAAGACAGGAAAGUGAACAAGUCUGCAACCUUGGACGAAUUUAUCAAUACAGAAAUGUCUGCUGCUCCAAUUGCAGAGGCCAGUAUUGGUUCGAAUAUCAUAGCCGGUGGCAGAAGAUCGAAGAGCGACAAGGAAAAGAAGGAGGAUGAUGAGAAAAGAGAAUACGAAGAGAGAAAUUAUACCAGAUUACCAAAAGAGAGCAAAAAGGAUCGGUCGAAGAAAAAGAUGGCUGGUGGAAGACAAGAUGCUGGAUAUGGUGGUGAGGAAUGGAAGGGAUUGGGUGAGGGUGUUGAUAGGAUUGAGAGAUUGACAAAGAGAAAGAGCGGUAGUGGUGGUGCGAUGAAGGAUGUUCUAGAGCAAAGUAGAAAGAGGAGUGUCGAGGAUGGUCCUAGAGGAAGUGGUAUGCAAGUUGGUGAAGGCUUUCAGAAGAGAUUGAAGAUGCUGGAUGGUGGAAGAAAGGAUCGAGGUACGGGUAGAAAGUAG